CGCACGGCGCGAACCGUCAGUUGGAGAGAACAUCGCUGGCUGUGUGUAUAUCUCAAAGGUUUCAAACUGCAGAGCGAUGAGUGGCGAAGUUUUGAAGAAGAGCAUCGACUAUAACGACGAGGAAAGCUGGGAUGGAGGGAGCGACAAAGAUUCCACGCUCAAGGCUUUGAUGAAGGAACAGACCGAGUCAACAAAGGAGGUUACUCAGCCUGGAGGAAAACCAGAGCCAGCGUCUACAAUGGAGGAAGCAAAGAUAAUCAUGGCAGACUUUCUAGGAAAUGUGAAAACGAAAGUAAUCAGUACGAAUACCUUGAAGAUCAUCAUCGUGGUUCUGAGUGUCGCCUUAGUAGCAUCCUUCAUUGCGAUCGGGGUGAUAGCUUACCUGGUACAUACAAAAUGCGAAAGUAAGAAUCUGGAGUGUGAGAACUGUAUGAACAAGUCCUGUGAUGCUAAAACCAAGUUUUGCCUUCAAGGCUGCUUAGCUGGCUGGCAAGGGAGUAAGUGCAUGGAAGGCUGUUCACCUGGUUCCUAUGGUGUUGACUGCAAUAUGACUUGUGACCAGUGCAGAGAGGGCACACACUGUGACCCUGUUACAGGGCAGUGUCCUGAUGGCUGUCUGGACGGCUAUACGACAGGAAGAUGUGACAUACCAUGUCCUUCGGGUUCCUACGGAGCAUCGUGUAGCAAAUCCUGUGGUCACUGCACGAGUCUGGACACGUGUAACACCGUGACAGGAGUGUGCUCAUCUGGCUGUGAAGAUGGUUAUCAGGGACAUCACUGCAAUGAAAGUUGUUCCCCUGGUUCCUAUGGUGUUGACUGCAAUGCAACCUGUGGCCAUUGUAGAGAGGACACACACUGUGACCCUGUGACAGGCCAGUGUCCUGAUGGCUGUCUGGAUGGCUAUACGACAGGAAGAUGCGACAUGCCAUGUCCUUCGGGUUCCUAUGGAGCAUCGUGUAGCCAGUCAUGUGGUCACUGCACGAGUCUGGACACGUGUAACACCGUGACAGGAGUGUGCUCAGCUGGCUGUGAAGAUGGUUAUCAGGGACAUCACUGCAAUGACAGUUGUUCACCUGGUUCCUAUGGCAUUGACUGCAAUGCAACCUGUGGCCAGUGUAGGGAGGACACACACUGUGACCCUGUUACAGGGCAGUGUCCUGACGGCUGUCUGGAUGGCUAUACGUCAUGGAGAUGUGACAUGCCAUGUCCUUUCGGUACCCAUGGAGCAUCGUGUAGCCAGUUUUGUGGUCACUGUACAAGUCUGGAGACGUGCAGCAUCGUGACAGGAGUGUGUUCAGAUGGCUGUCAAGAAGGCUAUCGUGGAAUUUACUGCAAUGAAAGCUGCUCACCUGGUUCCUAUGGUGUUGACUGCAAUAUGACUUGUGGCCAGUGUAUUGAGGGCACACACUGUGACCCUGUCACAGGCCAGUGUCCUGAUGGCUGUCUGGAUGGCUAUAUGUCAGGGAGAUGCGACAUGCCUUGUCCUCUGGGUUCCUAUGGAGCAUCGUGUAGCCAGUCCUGUGGUCACUGUAAAAGUAUGGACGCAUGCAACAUAGUGACAGGAGUGUGCUCAACUGGCUGUGAAGAUGGUUAUCAGGGACAUCUCUGCAAUGACAGCUGUUCAUCAGGUUCCUACGGUCCUAACUGCAGUUUGACUUGUGGUCAGUGCAGACAAAUCACUGACUGUAACCACGUGACCGGGCAUUGCUCAGAUGGCUGUGUGCAUGGUUAUAUAACAGAAUAUUGCAACACAACAUGCCCUACCGGCUUCUAUGGAGCUUCGUGUCAGCAGUCAUGUGGUCACUGUACAAGUCUGGACACGUGCUACUACGUGACAGGAGUCUGUACCAAAGGUUGUUCCGACGGUUAUGAGGGAUCACUCUGCAAUGAAACAUGUCUACCUGGAAGAUAUGGUCCGGAGUGCGAAAAGCCUUGUGGUCAUUGUAAAGGUGGAGAUGUUUGUGACCCCGUGACCGGGAGAUGUCCGAACGGCUGUAACGAUGGGUUUCGACAAUUAAUAUGUAAUGACACGUGUUCCGCCGGAUCCUAUGGUUCCAACUGCAGCAAGGCAUGUGGACACUGCAAAAACAUGGGUACUUGUAACUACUUGACUGGAUUUUGCCCUUUCGGAUGUGAGGAUGGAUAUCAGUCCGACUUAUGUAAUGAAGACUGUCGUUCCGGUGCGUAUGGUCCUGGUUGCACACAGGUUUGCGGCCAUUGCAACAGGGAACUACCUGUGAUCAUGUCACAGGAGUGUGUCCCAAUGGUUGCCAGGCUGGAUACACCAACGACCAUUGUACACAAAACAAAACUCAGGAGUCACUCUGUCGGGCUCUCCUGCAGCUGCCUGUCUGACAGUCCUUGCAAUCAGUGUCCUCUGGUUUCUGUGAGCAGGGUGGAGAUACGAGACUAGACUUUUUUUUAUAAGAUUAAUAAAAGAAUAUUUGUCAGUUCAUGAGUGAUCAUGUGUGCAGCGCUUGUGAGACUUUUGAAAUAUUUACUUUGUACUGGAAACUAAAUUUUUAAAAGCGUAUUUAAUUUUACUGUAAUAUGUCGAUAAUUUUUCUGUAAUGAGAUUUGCCAUUUCUGAGCUGUUUUGAUUUUUGACAUCAAACAUGACUUUGAUGUUAAAUAUGUUGUCCGUUUUAUUGUUUUGACUUGCUUCUAAUACCAAAGAAUAUGUUGACAUGACCUCAUAUUGCAUGUAGUUUUCAGUCUGUUUUACCCUUUUGUUUUCAUUUUCUCUAAUAUUAAUAUUGUUCCGCAUAUUCUGAUAUAUUUGUAUGUUUUCUUUUAAUACCUGCAGUGUUCGAUCUGCUUUACUACUUAUUUUUCGGACUUAACGCUGAUAUUAAAAUUGUUCAGCAUAUUGUAUAUUGUUUAAAUUAAGAAUAUCUGAGUACCCAAGUUUUUUUUCCAAACUGUUGAAGAAUAUUCUAGUCAUUUAAAAACAUUUUAAGAUAUUAGAAAUCUAUUUAAAUGUUUUUGUUGUGCCAGAGUAAAAAAAAAACCUUCAUACUACUGAGACAAUGCAGGUGCUACUCUUGUUAUUAACUCUGCAAGAAACACAUGUAAUGACUGUUAGACAUUGUAGUGUUAACGGUCUUUCACCUGGAGGCAAGGGAAAAAUUCCUGGGGCAUGUCCUAAUCUGACCUUGCUCACCUCAUCUGAUCGUAGCCUGUACUACCCACCUUUUUCUAUCCGACUUUCAGAAUUUUUUUAUAUACCUUUUUUAAUUUGUGUCAAUGGUGUUUAUGCUUGAAUGUAUAAAAUAGGUUUUGGUCCUGCUGCUGAAUCAGCAGGGUUGUCCAUGGGACAUAUUUUUCUAUCCCAUCCCAUCCCGUCCAUGGCAUUAUGCCUGUCCAUCCCGUCCCAUCCCAGGGACGUUCCCAUGGGAU